GUCACUGUGUUAUAAUGGCCUACAAAUAGAGGUGAGCUCUCUGUUAAACUUUAUAUGCAGUCCUGCUUACUAUUUCAUGGCAACCAAUAUGCUGCAGGUGACUUUGCUGCUUCUAAUAGCAGUAUGCUCUAGCAACGGACAAGAUACCCAAUCUAGUUGCACUACAAGAGGAGAUGUGAGGCUUGUUGGUGGGAGCAACUCUAGAGAAGGGAGAGUUGAGGUGUGUCUCAACAAUGAAUGGGGGACGGUGUGUGACGAUCUCUGGGAUGAUCAAGACGCUGCAGUGGUGUGCAAGCAACUUGGCUUCUCUGCAAAUGGAGCCAUUGCUGUCUCAAGGGCACACUUCGGAGAGGGUAAUGGAACAAUCCAUCUGGACAAUGUGGCAUGUGUCGGAGAGGAGGGUGUUCUAUCUGACUGUCCUACGCAAGGCGACCUCGACCCCAACUGUGGUCAUGCAGAAGACGCUUCAGUUAUUUGCCUGCCUGAAAACUUCACUUGUAACGAUGGACAAAUCCGAUUGGCCAAUUCAGACAAGGAAUACGAAGGAAGGGUGGAGAUCUGCUUCAACAAUCGCUAUGGUACCGUUUGUGAUGAUGGUUGGGACAAUGUUGAUGCGUCUGUGGUCUGUGGUCAGCUUGGAUUCCAAAGAAAAGGAGCCAUCGGUGUAGGCAGAAGCCAGUUAUUCGGAAGUGGAUUUGGAACCAUUUAUUUUGAUGAUGUGGCAUGUACUGGAAGCGAGACCAAUCUGACACAAUGUCCACACAGAGGAGUAGGUGUUAGCAACUGUUUCCAUGGGGAAGACGUUGGAGUUAUCUGUAAAUCUCCGGAUGGACCCACUGUCUGUAACGAUACAGACCUGAGGCUCGUGAAUGGUAGAAUGCCCAAUGAAGGUAGAGUGGAGGUAUGCUACAACAACCAUUGGGGCACGGUCUGUGACGACUUUUGGGAUGCACUAGACGCUCAAGUUGUGUGCAGACAGAUGGGGUUUGCAACUCCAGCUAAUGCAUCCAUUGCUUUGGUGGGAGGAGCGUUUGGAGCUGGAGAAGGAAUCAUUUUCCUAGACACUGUUCAGUGCUCUGGUGGAGAGCUCUCUCUCAGUGAAUGCCCAUCAGACCCACUUGGCACAAAUAAUUGUGGCCACACUGAAGAUGCUGCCGUGUUUUGUCAUAGUGAAGAGGUUACAUGCAAAGAAGGAAACAUUCGAUUGGCCGAUGGGCCAGAUGGGAGGGAGUACGAAGGGAGACUGGAGAUAUGCAUCAACAAUCAUUGGGGAACGGUGUGCGAUGAUCGCUACAAUAUGGCAGAGGCAAAGGUCGUGUGUACAGAGCUUGGAUUCACAAAUGGUUCGCCUCUGCCCCUGCCAAGAGCAUUCUUUGGAGAGGGUGUGGGUAUGGUAUGGCUGGAUGAUCUAGAGUGUACUGGAAUGGAAAUGUCGCUGCUGGAAUGUGAACACAACGGAGUCGGGCAGAGCAACUGUAGGCACUCUGAGGAUGUCAGCAUUAUUUGUCCAUUACCCGAGGGUCUGCCAAAAGAUUGUGAGAAUGGAAACGUACGAUUGGUCGGAGGGGAAAUGAGCAGUGAAGGAAGAGUUGAGAUAUGCUUCAAUGGUCGUUGGGGCACAGUUUGUGAUGAUGGAUGGGGCCAAGCGGACGCUGCAGUCGUAUGUAAACAGCUUGGAUACGAUUUGGCAACUACCAAUAACUCCCUGGCAGCUGUUGAAGGUCUGUUUGGAUCUGGAGAGGGUCCGAUCCUUUUGGACAAUGUCCAGUGUUCGGGAGACGAAGAAUCAAUACUGGCCUGCCGUGCAGAGGAGCUAGGAAUGACUAACUGUCGUCAUACGGAGGAUGCAGGAGUCGUAUGCCCUUCUGCUAUAAAUCAAAGACUGUGUGAGGACGGUGAGAUACGACUGGUGGGUGGAGCUGAUCCGAGUGAAGGGAGGGUGGAGAUGUGCUUCAACAGCAAAUGGGGCUCAGUAUGUGCAUCUAGCUUCGACAACAGAGAGGCCCAGGUCACCUGUCGGAAUCUGGGCUUUGAUAUGGACAAAACUCGUAGUGUGCCUGUUUUGAGGGGUGGUUUCGGUGAAGCUUCAAGUCCGAUCUUCCUGCGAGCCCUCGGGUGUGUGGGUACAGAGAAUACGUUUCUCCAGUGUCCAAGAGCAUCUGUCACCUUUAGUACCUCCUGUGGCCUAUUCUCUAGUACAACUGUGGCAGCUGUCAUUUGCACAGAUCAGCCAUGCACUGAGGGGGACUUUCGUGUUACUGGAGGGGAUGGAGUGACUAAUGGAAGACUGGAGGUGUGUGUGGGGGAGCUGUGGGGGACAGUGUGCACCACUGACUUCAAUGAUACUCUUGUUUCUCAAGCUUGUACCUCAUUGGGUCAGCAAGGAAAAGAUUUCACUAAAGUGCCUGGAAGUUUCUUUGGAGCCAGUUCUAGGCCAACAUUCAGGGCCACGGCACUAGGGCAGUAUCAGGAGAUGCCUUGUGGAACUGGAGGGAGUGUUGGCCUCUUUUGCUUGGCCCAAGGAGCAGAGAGGGUGUGCCAGUCAGGAGAAGUGAGGCUGGGUGAUGGUGGGGACGUCUCUCAAGGACGAGUGGAGGUGUGCUUCAACAACAUCUGGGGGACAGUGUGUGAUGACUCAUGGGACGACAACGCUGCAGCUGUCGUGUGCAGACAACUAGGACUGCAAGAAGAAGGAGCUAUGGCCAAAUUUUUUGAAGGGGGAGAGUCAGUGCCCAUUCUUCUUGACGACAUAAAGUGUACAGGGGAAGAGUCUACCUUAUUUGAAUGCUCUCGUACAAACAUUGGACGCCAUAACUGUCAACACAAUGAAGAUGCCGGUGUGGUGUGUACAAGAAAGCCGCUGGUUGAUGAUGGCAGCUCUCAGAGAACUGAAGCUGUGGCUAUUACUGUACCCAUUGUGGUGAUUGUUGUGAUCUUGUUGGCAGCCAUAACAACAGCGGCUAUACUAGUCAUCUACCUAAACCACAAGGUGAAGUCUCAACAAACUGACAUCACACCAAUCGUGGAGGCUGAAGUUGGCAUUCCGUUCGAUAAUGAACAAGAGGAUCCUAAGAAAACAUAUUUCAAUCAUGAAGAACAGUUAUAAACAUUCACACCAUCACUCAAAAAAUACAGUCAUAACAAACAAAACAAUAGUCAGUAUUUGUACUUCUUUUUAUAUAUGCAUCGAUCAAAAAUCAGCUGUUUUUAAACAAUAAUAUUAUUCCAAAAUAACAUAAAUUGUUCAUUUAAGACA